UUGCACUCGUUGCUUUUAUUCUUAUUUCAUUUGAAUAAACUAUAUAGAUUAAUCUUUGAAAAAAAAUGACAGUUUCGUUCGCGAACAUCGUGGCGCUUCCUUGACAAACUUGAACAUCAUGCCAUGGUCAUGCCCCCAUUGCACGCUCAUCAACACUUCGUCAUCGACUUGCGAAGCAUGUGGCUACACGAAUCCUCUGGCCGUCGAGAUAGCUACACCCGCUGCUGCAGCGGCAUCCAACGUUGCAUUACCGCAGCCAUCACCACUUUCGUCGUACCUUCCGUUCGUGUCCACGUGCUUUGGCUGCCAGAACUCUAUUUGGCCAAGCUCAUCGACCGUCCAAGCGCUGGGCAACACGUACCACCAAGCUUGCUUUCGAUGCACUGCUUGCUCGCAGCCGUUGCCCCGUGGUAUUCGAUUUCAAAUCCAUGCCAACGAACCAUAUCAUCCAGAGUGCUUCCGGGAGCUUUACCACCCCAGAUGUGACGUGUGCGAUGAACGCCUGCCCAUCACAGCCGAUGGACGAAUCCCGUACCACCAAAACUUGUUUUGGAAGCAAAAGUACUGCCCAUCGCACGAACAGCGCGAUCGAUGCUGCAGCUGCCGUCGCCUCGAACCCACGGCCAGCGCGAGGCAUUUCGAAAAGUUGGUCGACGGACGAAAACUCUGCGGCGAUUGUACCCACACAGUCAUCUUGGACACGGACGAGGUUCAGCCUGUCGUGCAAGACGUGUGGGCGUUCUUGGCAUCUCUUGGCAUGCACCUACCAGAGCUGCCAGUGUUCCUCGUGGACUUUGACACGCUAAAUGCUCAAUCGCACUGUGAACACUCGACCGACAGCCAAGCUCCAGCCGUGUACGGUGUCUGCCUGUCCGAAGUCAAAGUGACAUUCCACCACUUUGCCCAUCGAGCGAUCCAACAAUUGUUUCGCCUCGACAAGCCGCCCUCUCGCCGCGUCAACGGCAUCAUGAUCCUCCACGGCCUUCCUUUCGACAUGACGGCGUACAUCUUGGCACACGAGGCCACGCACGCCUACUUUAAGCUCCACGAAGGCUUUCCGUCGUCCCUACCCGCUCAAGUGGAAGAAGGCACGUGCCAACUCAUGGGGUACUUGUACUUGCAGUACCGCAAAGUGAUGGCCACGCCAGACGAGUCGUCGCAGCAUGCGAUACAGUUGAGGGACUGGUACAUUCAGUCGCUGGUGGAGGACACGAGUCCCGUGUACGGCGACGGGCUGAGGGCCGCCCUGCACGCGUUCAACGCGGUCAAUUCGCUGCAGUUGCUGCUGGAUCACAUUCGGGAGACGUCGGGUUUUCCACGAUUGUAAUAGACAAACAAAACAGCGAAAACAUGAGACACAGUGCUGCGUUGU